GAAUGCUCUGCUCUGUGGUGAAGUCUAGUUUUGUUUAUUUUUGUUGAUUUUUGUGUUAUAAUUUAAAACAAUAGUACAAUGUGGAAAUAUUUAUUUUUAUUACCGCUUAUAACAGUUAUUUCAUUUCAAAGCAAUAUCAUAAAUGAUAUAAAUUUGCCUCCUGAACAUAUUCCUUACUUUUUCAACAAUUUCCCCACAUAUGCAAGUGCUUGUUCUAACGACCCCGAAUGCCGCUUCAAAGGAUUUAUCGGAAAGAAAUCAUGUUGGGGGUAUGAAAAAGGAUGUAAAACUGCGGACUCAUAUCAUGUGAGACCCCAAUGUCCCGGGGACCACCGUGGCUGGGUCAAAACUAAAGAGGCACAGUACGAUGCAUUCUUCACUCAGGCAGAUUUUGGAUAUGUCAAGGAACAAAUUGAGGAGCUGAUGGUUAUUUGUGAAGCAUCUUUUCCUGAUGAUACAUCUUUGGAGUGUUCCAAAUAUCUAAGGUUUUGUAGAGGCCGUAAUCUUAUGCUAAAUUUUACUGGGCUGGUUGGUAGAGGAAAUAAUUUACGAUAUAAAAUGGAUAUACUUGGACCUGGUCAAUUAGGUGGGUACUGCAAGUUUUACCCUGAAAGAUUGCAGAAAGAGGCGGAACACAUGAGUGCUCUUCAGUCCUGGGGCCCUGAACUCACCCAGUUUGUGGACACCCCACAGAGACCCAUGUCAGCAGGCAUGUGCGAUGUGGUUAUUGAUAAACCAACUUAUAUAAUGAAACUUGAUGCCAGUGUGAACAUGUAUCAUCAUUUUUGUGAUUUUUUCAAUUUGUAUGCAUCCCUGCAUGUCAACUCUACUCAUCCAUCUACUUUCUCUAAGGACAAUCAUAUACUAGUUUGGGAGACAUUCACUUAUGAUUCAGCUUUCAAAGAUGCAUUCAAAGCAUUCACAAACCAACCAAUCUGGGAUCUGAAAGAGUUUAGGGGCAAAGUUGUCUGUUUCAAAAAUGUAGUUUUUCCCCUUUUACCAAGAAUGAUCUUUGGACUGUACUAUAAUACUCCCUUGAUAUAUGGAUGUGAAAGAAGUGGAUUGUUUCAUGCUUUUUCCAAGCACAUUUUACACUCAUUAAAUAUCAAGUUGCAACUCAGACAAAAUGACAAAGUACGUGUUACACUACUGUCAAGAGGGACAAUGUACAGAACGAUAUUGAAUGAGAAAGAGAUAGUAGAAGCACUUUUGAAAGACAGUAACUACGAAGUGAACCGAGUUGUCUAUGAUAGAACAGUGCCGUUUACGAAGCAGCUAGAAAUCACACAUAAUACUGAUAUUUUUAUUGGAAUGCAUGGGGCUGGUCUCACACAUAUGUUAUUUUUACCAGAUUGGGCCUGUGUUUUUGAAGUGUACAAUUGUGAAGAUCCGAAUUGUUACUUUGAUCUGGCCAGAUUGCGAGGGUUGAAGUAUGUUACCUGGGAAGACAAAGAAAAAUUUGUACAACAAGAUGAGGGUCGAGGCCCCGACGGGGGAGGUCACGCCAAGUUCACCAAUUACUCGUUUGAUGUGAAAGAGUUCCUGCGGCUGGUGAACAAGUGCGCCACGCACGUCCGGAAACGACAGGACUUCAAGAGCUACGUGGAGGCGUCGCUACUGGCGCGGGCGCAUGAGGAGCUGUGAUCUGUGCUCGCGUUUCUGAACAUAUAAACAGCUAUCCAGGUAGUCUUCUUAUGUUUUCUAUACUGUGCCUGUUUCACAAUGCCGCCUGGAUAAGUCCCGGGUAGAUGUUGCUUCAGAUGACAUAUUAUGAAGAUUAUACUUUUGUGCUUGCAUCGUGUUACAGACAGCACUUUCCUAGCACGUCUUGAUUACAGACUUUGUGAAACAGUCUCCUACAGUAAAACAUAAUAGUCAAUUUAUCUAAAUGAGAAUCUCGUAAAAACGA